AUGCAUGGGCUUCCGACAAUAAACCUUCACUUUGAUAGUUUGAAACUGGGGUUUGUUGAGCGUCCUGAUUAUCAGAAUCUAGGGGUUUUAUCGGAUCUAGGGAUUGAGGAGGCGGGGGCUCUCUCUGAUAGGCUUUGGGCAAAGGAAUCGGAUAUGGAUGUGGAGAGAGAAAAAUUAGGGUUUGGAUUUGGGGAUGAGGCGAAGGAUUGCUGGAGUGGUGUGGGGGUCGUGAGGAAGUGGCAGACUGGGGUGCUGGAUGGCGUUCGUAAUGGAUGA